AUGUCGUCGGGAAAGUCAUCUCGACCAUCAACAAAGAGCGUGCUCGGGCCAGGCCAUAAUGAGAACAUCCACGACAUUUUCGACAUCGGGCAGCAGCUGGGCGCGGGGCAGUUCGGGACGACGUACAUCUGCACGGAGCGCGAGACGGGCGUGCACUGGGCGUGCAAGACCAUCCCCAAGUCCAAGCUGCUCACGGAGGAUGAUGUCGAGGACGUGCGCCGAGAGGUCGCCAUUCUCUACCACGUGCAGGACUCGCCCAACAUAGUGAACAUCCGCGGGGCGUAUGAGGACCGCGACUUCGUGCACAUUGUGAUGGAGCUCUGCACGGGCGGCGAGCUCUACGACACCAUCAUCGACCGCAUCGAGGCCAUGGGCGUGCCCUACACCGAGCACGAUGCAGCGGAGUUGGCGAGGGUGAUAGUGCGGGUGGUGGAGACGUGCCACUCGCUGGGCGUGGUGCAUCGCGACCUCAAGCCCGAGAACUUCCUCCUCUCCUCCACCAACCCCGAUGCCGAGCUCAAGGCCACCGACUUCGGCCUCUCCGCUUUCUACAAGGGCGAGGGUCUGAGCCGCCACUGCGGCAGCCCCAUGUACAUGGCGCCAGAGGUGGUCAGAUGGAGGCCGGGGGCGCUGGGGGCGGGGCGCAAGCCGCCCAAGUACGGCCCCGAGGUGGACAUCUGGAGCGCGGGGGUCAUCAUCUACGCCCUGCUCUCAGGAUUCCCUCCCUUCUACCACAGCAGCCACUCGUCCAAGGAGAUCUUCAAGGCGGUGCUCAAGGGCAACCCGUCGUUCACAGUGCCGCCGUGGCCCGACAUCUCAGACCAGGCCAAGCACCUCGUCUCCUGGAUGCUGCAGUCCGACCCCGCCAUGCGCCCCACCGCGCAUGAAGUGCUCUGCCAUCCGUGGCUGGACGAGCCCGGCAUCGCCACGCAGGAGCCUCUGCCGCCCGUGGUGCUGUCCAGACUGAAGCAGUUCACGUCCAUGGUCAAGCUCAAACGGGUCGCCAUGAAGGUCAUUGCAGAGGGUCUGAAGGAGGAGGAGAUCGCAGGGCUGAAGGAGAUGUUUGAGAUGAUGGACACGGAUGGCAGUGGCACCAUCACUCUGGAUGAGCUGCGCGUGGGGCUCAAGAAGGUUGGCGGGAACCUCACAGACGAGGAGAUCGAGAAGAUCAUGGAGGAGACGGACAUUGACCACAGUGGCGAGAUCGAAUACGGGGAGUUCCUAGCAGCCACGCUGCAUCUGAGCAAGAUAGACAAGCAGGAGAACCUGCUCAAGGCGUUUGAGUACUUUGACGCGGACGGCAGUGGCACCAUUACGCUGGACGAGCUGCAGAAGGCGUGUGAGGAGCUGCGGCUGAGCAAGGACGAGAUCAUGGCCAUGAUGGAGGAGAUCGAUGAGAACAAUGAUGGAACCAUUGACUACAACGAGUUUGUGCAAAUGAUGCGCAAGACACAAACAGGAGGAAUGAGCCGGCGCGACAUCAUGGACGGCAACAUGGGUGUGACAGAUUCUGAGCUCUCAAGCAACACAUUCCGUAACCUCAUGGCUCCUGAAUAG